AUGAGCACAAUUGGUAUCGCAGUCAUACUAUCAAUUUUGUGGAGCGGAUGCGGCUCAUCAGUUCUAAAACGAGAAGUGGAUCUUUUGGAUAUGCUUCGCACUCCGUUAAUGCUCAGUUUCAAUCGAAAUAACGCUUUCGUCUCACAAGAAAGAGGUAGCCGAGAACGAGAACUCAUCCCUCGUUUACUAGGAAUACCAAGAGCACAAAGACUGAGGGAGACGACUAUGGAAUAA